CGGGACCGCGCUCGGGGGAGACGGCGGUGGAGCUGCGCCCCUGGCCGCUGGGCGCCCGCUCGCCCGCCGGCCCCCGCCGCCGCCGCCGCCGCUCACCCGCAACUCCGCUCCCCGCUUCCCUCCCCGCCGCAUCCCCGCGCGAAGAUGGCAACCGACGCGCUGCACGAGAAGGAGACGCUGGCGUCGCUGAAGAGCGAGGCCGAGAGCCUCAAGGGCAAACUGGAGGAGGAGCGGGCCAAGCUGCACGACGUGGAGCUGCACCAGGUGGCAGAGCGGGUGGAGGCCCUGGGGCAGUUUGUCAUGAAGACCAGAAGGACCCUCAAAGGCCACGGGAACAAAGUUCUCUGCAUGGACUGGUGCAAAGAUAAGAGGAGGAUCGUGAGCUCGUCACAGGACGGAAAGGUGAUCGUGUGGGAUUCCUUCACUACCAACAAGGAGCACGCGGUUACGAUGCCCUGCACGUGGGUGAUGGCGUGUGCAUAUGCCCCAUCAGGAUGUGCCAUUGCGUGUGGUGGUCUGGAUAAUAAGUGUUCUGUGUAUCCACUGACGUUUGACAAAAAUGAAAACAUGGCUGCCAAGAAGAAGUCUGUUGCUAUGCAUACCAACUACCUGUCAGCCUGCAGCUUCACGAACUCUGACAUGCAGAUCCUGACGGCAAGCGGUGAUGGGACAUGUGCCCUGUGGGACGUGGAGAGCGGGCAGCUGCUGCAGAGCUUCCAUGGGCACGGGGCUGACGUGCUCUGCUUGGACCUGGCCCCCUCAGAAACAGGAAACACCUUCGUGUCUGGGGGUUGUGACAAGAAGGCCAUGGUGUGGGACAUGCGCUCGGGCCAGUGCGUGCAGGCUUUUGAAACACAUGAAUCUGACAUCAACAGUGUCCGAUACUACCCGAGUGGAGAUGCCUUUGCUUCAGGCUCAGAUGAUGCUACGUGUCGCCUCUACGACCUCCGGGCAGACAGGGAGGUUGCCAUCUAUUCCAAAGACAGUAUCAUAUUUGGAGCAUCCAGCGUGGACUUCUCCCUCAGUGGUCGCCUGCUGUUUGCUGGAUACAAUGAUUAUACCAUCAACGUCUGGGAUGUUCUUAAAGGGUCUCGAGUCUCCAUCCUGUUUGGACAUGAAAACCGUGUUAGUACUCUACGAGUUUCCCCUGAUGGGACUGCUUUUUGCUCAGGAUCAUGGGAUCAUACCCUAAGAGUCUGGGCUUAAUCGUCUGCCCACGAUGCACACAUGGGUACCUGAGGAUGGAAUUUUAAAUCGUCACAUAUAAAUAGAUCUUACUUCUGGAGGACGUGAGCGUUGCUUGCAGCUUAGCUUAAAGGAGCAGCUCCAUGGCUGAAAAGCUCACUACGCAACUCCAAUAUGACUAUUAAAACCACCACUGGAAAGAUACCAGUGUGUGCUUUAGCACUAGGAGAACACCUUCAAGUACAGUGUUUUUCAUUUUGAACACUUUUUCAAAUGUAUUCAUUUUUAAUGUUACUAUACGAGUCUCAGCUCCAUCUAUUACCAAUAGAAUUCAGCAUCACAUAUAUCCCAUAUUAUUUCCUUGAGUCAGAUUUGUUUUGGGAGUACUUUAAAAAUCUGACCUUUCUCAGUGUGCACUGUGACUUUUGGAACCUUUUAGAUGUGCUGAUCUUAAUGGACUGUUUGAGGACUGUGUUAAUUAAUUGGCCUAUGAUAGAAGAAAAUUCCAAUUCCAAACGUUAUUGGACAAAAUCACUUUUUGAAAAUAUGUUUUUAUUAUAAGGGUAUCUUUUUCAGUCUCCUCUCAUACUGUCUUAUAAAACAUUUUCAUCUGUGUGAACUAAAAUGAAGUCGAGAUAUGCAUAAAAUGGACAGGAUGUUUGAUUUAUGAAUUAUGAUGACGUGGUCUAUCACUAUAUCAUUUGGACAGGACAUUUUCUUUCAUUUGAGGGAAAAGCUGAGUGCUGUUCGUGACACAAAUGCUUCUCAGAACAACCAAAACCUUUCUCUGUGGGAACACAAAAUAGUGAACUUAUUUAAAAACCUAUUAGUAAUAUUAGAUGUAUUAAGAUAAGUAGUAUCCAGUCAGGCUAAAGAGGAUCUUGUCCAUACCAUACUCAGAAACUAUAUAUAUGUGGACUCAUACUAGUCCAUAAACUGUAGUCAUAUUUAUUGCAUUACAGAUAUAAUUACAUCUACAAAUUAAUUGAUAGGUCUCAUGUGAUAAUGUCUUUGCUUCUCUUACAGUGAGAAAAAAAUAGAAGAUAACUUGUCUUUAUUUGAAAUUCAGUAA